CCUGAGGCAGUAAGCCAUCUGGAAAACCAAAACUGGAGGUUACUGCUUAAAAUAAACCUCAUGAUGCACGAGUUUCUGUGUAUGAUAAAAAUUUGUCAUCAUCAGAGAAGGAAAGUGAAGGAAAUGGGACUACAGUUCACAUCUGUAAUAAAUCUGGUUGCUGUUGUUUUCCGAGGCACUCUUAUUUCAUCCCUCCUGUCCUGUGGGAAACUGCAGGAGCUAUGCACAGCACUGUGGAUCCCCAGAAAUGCCUUCUCUUCCUACGAGAAAGGUUUUUAAAGAGAGCAAGGUCUCAAAAGCCUUUGUUAGGGUUAAGAGGGAUUCUGAAUUCCGUGGACAAAACUGCGCGGAUGCCCCGGAGCAAGGGGCUGAGCACAGCGAACACAGGAUUCCCUCAUCUCCCCUCCAUUUAUUACAGCCCUUGCCUACAAACAGCCUUGUCCGAUAGGCUACACCGUCCACCUACGCGUGUUUACUAAGCGCAGAGCCUUUGCUGUCCAACAAGCACGUUAGAAACACGGCGGCAGCAGCAGCUAGCAGAGGAAGAAGGGAAGCCCGGGCGCUGGAGCCCGCCUGCACUCCCCAAACCGCAGCCUAAUCCGCUCACCAGGGAUUAGAAGCGCAAAAUGGCGACGGCGCCUUCCUGCCCGCCGGCCCAGGCCCCGCGCCGCCCGGAAGACAGCACCUGUCACGUCAGCUCGCGCCCGGGCGCCCCGCGCACCGUAACGCUCCGCCGCGGCUCUCGCCUCCCGCCCUGCCGGAGACAGCCCCAAAGCCAUGGGUCUAAGCGCCAGAUGACAGUCAUGUCCCAUUCAAAGGAUCUCAAGGAUGACUUCCACAGUGACACUGUACUUUCUAUUUUAAAUGAGCAGCGCAUUCGGGGCAUUUUGUGUGAUGUCACCAUAAUUGUGGAAGAUACCAAAUUUAAAGCCCAUAGUAACGUGCUGGCAGCUUCAAGCCUUUACUUUAAAAACAUUUUUUGGAGUCGUACUAUCUGUAUUUCAGGCCAUGUACUGGAGUUAGAUGAUCUCAAAGCUGAAGUGUUUACAGAAAUACUGAAUUACAUCUAUAGUUCCACAGUAGUUGUUAAGAGGCAGGAGACAGUAACAGACCUUGCAGCUGCAGGAAAAAAACUGGGAAUAUCAUUUUUAGAAGAUCUUACAGAUGUUAAUUUUUCAAGUUCUCCUUGCCCCUAUGCAUAUUGCAUUAAUGAAAAAGGGCCUGUCAAAGAGGAGAAACAUGAAAAGAGACAUGAAGACUCUGCUGUGACAAAUGGACCACGAAUUACAAAUGCAUUCUCAAUUUUUGAAACAGAAAGCAGUUUGUUUUCUCCACUUGAUUUGAGGGCAAACUUUAAAAAGGUAUCUGAGGCAAUACAAGAUCACAACGUAAGCCUCAACAGAAGUGAUGUUUGCAAAGAUGCUGAGCCAGCCAGUACACUGGCUGAACACUCCUAUGCAGUUUCUUCUGGAGGAGAUACUUCUCAAGGAACACCUUUUGUUGAACAGGCAAGCAGCCCUUCAUGCAAGACAGGUGAAGACCACUAUGAAGAUGUCCAAGCCACACCACUCGUUCAGGCAGGAAAACAAGCAUGUGGUACUCGUAAGACAGUCCUUAAGUCCCAGGGUACCAGCUUGUCUAUAGCAAAAGCACCAGCCUCUACAGCAACCACUACAAAAGGCCAGCAUGAAGCAGUUCCUGAUCAGCCAAUUACUUCCUUUCCAAAACCUCAGAAUAAACCAGAAGAUCUCCAUGUAUCCAGAGAAGAGGAAAACAAUUCUGCUAAUGUUUCUGGAUCCACACCAACUGUGAUUCCACCUGUUUACAAUUGCAAUUGUUGUGCAAAAUCAUUCAGUGACAGGGCAUUAUUGAGCAGUCAUCUUCAGCUGCAUUCAGAGCAUCAGGAAACCUUCACAUGCAAAUACUGCAACAAACAAUUUGCAAAUCUAAAUGUAUUGGAAAGUCAUGAACGAGUCUGCACAAGAUCAAGUGGUUUAUCAGUUCAGAAUGGAAAGGAACAAAACUUUGCAGAUAGCUAUACUGCUACAGACAGAAGGAGUGGAAGUUCAUAUGCAACUGCAGAGUCUCUGUUGUCUGAAGACAACAUGACUGAUUAUUCUAAUGCAAACUGCACUUUGCCAGAAACAGAUCAUUUGAUUAAAGUCGUUGAUGGGCAGAUACUAUAUACUUGCAUCGUUUGCAAGCGUAGCUAUGUCACGUUGUCUAGCCUUCGAAGGCACGCAAAUGUGCACUCCUGGAGGAGAACGUAUCCUUGUCACUACUGCAAUAAGGUAUUUGCGUUAGCUGAGUAUCGCACCAGACAUGAGAUCUGGCACACUGGAGAGAGGCGGUACCAGUGCAUUUUCUGUCUGGAGACUUUUAUGACUUACUAUAUACUAAAAAAUCAUCAGAAGUCUUUCCAUGCAAUUGACCAUCGCCUCUCAGUAAACAAGAAGACAGCCAAUGGAGGCUUAAAACCAAGUGUGUACCCAUACAAGCUUUAUCGACUUUUGCCCAUGAAAUGCAGACGACUGCCUUAUAAGUCCUACCAAAAUUCUUCAUAUGAAAAUGUUCAAGCAAGUACCCAGGCUAAUGAAACUGCUUCUACUAACUGUUUCAUUCCAACUUCUCUUAGCUCGGAGCUACCACCACUGAAUUUUCAAAGUAAUAUCAUACCGAACAACAGACCUCUUGCCUUGGAUACAUCUUCGUGUAAUGAUACAACAUCUUCUGUGAAUUCUCAGAAUGCAUCCUCUUGGGGAGCAAGUAUCUUAAAUUCUGACCUGCAAAGGAACUUUUGUACAGGUGAAAAAAGAGUUUCCACUGCUACAGAUGACUCUGGUUCUCAGGAAUGUGACUCUUCAGUUGUGUCUCUAACUAAUGUGAAUGAAAAUUCAACCUCUGUCAUCAGUUACAGUAGUUCUGCACCCUCUGUUAUAAUGCACAGUAGCAGAGUUUCGUCGGUAAUCAUGCACAGUAAAGCAGUCACUUCUGUAGAAAAUAAGACAGAAUCUUCAAAUAAUCCACCUAGUCAUUCUGCAGCUGAUGAUUGUAAAUAUGAGUCAGAUAAUCACGGGAAGUGCAUUACAAAAUCAAAAACUACUAAGGAGAAAAAGAAGACACUGCUGCAGAGCAGAGCAGAAGCAACUGAGGAUACACAGCAUGUCCCAGGAUCUGGAGGUUCAUCUAGCAAAACAACAAAUACUGUCCAGGAAUCAAGUAAGACUGAAACAUAUAUUGCAAAGCCUGCCUUACCAGGAACAUCUACUGACAGUAAUGUUGCCCCUCUUUGUCAGAUUACAGUGAAAAUUGGUAAUGAGGCUAUUGUGAAAAGACAUAUAUUAGGAUCCAAGCUGUUUUGUAAAAGAGGCCGAAAAUCUAAAUAUGAGUCCAAACAGGACAAUGUAAUUGAGGAAUCAGAAACAGAGAUAAAAGAAAAAAGCCCAUCUAGGCUGUAUAGCUCAGAAUGCCUGGAGCUGACAGAAAUGUGUGAUGAUGUAAGUGACCAGGACUCCAGUGAUAAGCCCUGGAGACCCUAUUAUAAUUACAAACCAAAAAAGAAAUCUAAACAGCUAAGAAGAAUUAAGAAGACCAAAUGGAGGGAAAAGCAUGGAAGCAAGAAUACUGUUGUGGAAAGCCACAACACAUGCAGUCGAGAGUAUGCACUGAGGAAUGCUCCUGAGGAAAAGGUGAUGAGUCAAGAAGAGAACACAGAAAUGCCUAAUCUUCAUUGUGAGCUUUGUGAAAGAGAUCAGUCUUCCACUGAAGAAAUGCAGGAUCAUGUGCACUGGCAUGUAGCUACUUCAAAGCCUUACAUUUGUGAAUUAUGCCAAAAACAAUUUCAAAGCCCAUCCACUUUAAGAGUGCAUAUGAGGUGUCACACUGGGGAAAAGCCCUACACUUGCAAAACCUGUGGUAAAUGUUUCUCAGUUCUUGGAAGUCUACAGAAACACGAACGUAUUCACCUGGGCAUCAAAGACUUUGUCUGCCAAUACUGUAAUAAGGCAUUCACUUUAAAUGAAACGCUCAAAACACAUGAAAGGAUUCAUACUGGAGAAAAACGUUACCACUGUCAGUUUUGCUUUAAGAGCUUUUUAUAUCUUUCUACCAAAAGGAACCAUGAGCAAAGGCAUGUACGUAAGCUUAAUGGAAAAGGAUUUGCUUGCUUUCACUGUCAAAAAAUUUGCAAGACAGCAGCUGCUCUGGGAAUGCACCAGAAGAAACAUCUAUUCAAAAGUUCAGGUGCACAGGAUAGAAAAGAACAGUUUUGCAAUGAAAGCACGAAACUUUUGGAAACUCCAGAUUUUCGUGGCUCAGAAGGAAGUGAAUUAAAAAAUACACAAACUGUAACUCCAGAAGUUAUACUCUGAGUGGCAGUUUGACAGAAGAGAAUCAAAAUCCAAAACUAUGUAUAGGAAAAAAAAUACAGAAACAAGUCCACUCCAAUUAGUAUCAUUUACUAUGACCAAAUUUCUUCAUCCAAACUUGUCACUCUAUGCAAAAGAAGGAAAAAUAACACAGAAAAGAAAAACUAGGAUUUGCAAUGAAACAAACUUAGUGUGAAAGACCCAUGAUACUUUUGCCACAAUAGAAUUCUAACACAGAGAAAGUUCAAAAAGCAAGCAACCAAAACCUUUCUGCUUAGUGUUUCAGGGAACUAGUCUCUGAACUCUCUUACAGUGCUGUUUUUUCAGUCAGAGUUGGUCUAGGCAAAAUACAUAUGUAGAUUCACAGUGUACUCUGCAGAAUGAAUUUGUGCUGCGGAAAGCAUAUAUUGCAUUUUUUUAAAACAAAAAAUGUGUUCAUAAAAAAAAGUGUAAUUUAGUGUGUUCUAAAGUGAAGGUGAGAAAUGUGUCAUGCACUUGAGUAUGCUGAAGUACAUUUGAGUACUGGUAUGCUUCUGUAAUUCAACAUUUAGAAAACAUUCAGGAGUUUAAAUCGCUUUUCCUUUCUGUAUUCAGUUUUGUAGUUACUGUAAUAACCCAGUAAGUCUGAGUCCUCAUGUGGGAAGUAUUCCAGAUUGAUGAUAUCUCUGAGACACUUAGUAAAGAUUCAGUGGGACUCACAAUAGCCAGUCUUCCAAACUGCAUAAAUCCCAGUGUCAGUGGCCUGGUAGAAUUACUGAGGUUUGUAUCUCUAAGAAAACCGUUCUCAUGAAAUAGCCUAGCUUAAAGAAACCCUGUAUACAAAUGCCCACAUACUGGUGGCUCUGCAACUCCUGUCUUUUGGAAAUACCAUUCGUAGCAGAAGAGGAGGUUUAAAGUCUUCCUCCUUGUCCUGGAAUAAUACUUGGACAGCUAACAACAGAGCAAAUCCCUAGAAAUACUUACAUUUUGGGAGGAGUUAAGUACUCAGAUUCUUGCUUCCAUGUAUAUCACUGAUGCAGUCCCUAUGUAUAAAGAGGAAUAGGGCUAGUUUGUGGGGUUCCUUGUCAUUCUCAUGCUUUAAGUACAACAUCAAACCUUCCUAUGUCCCCCUCAGUGAUACCCCUAACCAUGGCAGCAUCUGGGCCAAGACAAACUUUGUUGCACUGUCCCUUGGCCUAGCAUGUUGAGUCCAUAGCAGAGAGGUGCCUGGAAUGGGUUACUGGAAGAAAGAAGUGUUGGCCUUUCUGCUUCCCUCAUCCUAUCACACCAAAGGCUUAUGGUGAGCCUUGCAGGUUCACAGUUUACUAGGAGUCAGGAAAAAAGGCUCUGAAAGACAUCACCAAAAUAUAAAUACAAUUUUAUGAGAAUGUGAUUACUCUUAACUGAGAUGAUGAGAUUUUUUCAGGAGGAAGGUGUAUGUCUACAAGUUCUAUGUGAUAGGGCUCUGUUGUUCUGUUUCUCUGAAUUUCCAAGUAGUCAUGUAUGUUCAUCUCUGUGAAGUGUUAAAAAAUUAAGUCAGGACAGGUUAGUGAUGCUCUACUUCAUUCUGCGUGCAGGUAUGGUACAUGGUUUGCGUAUUUCAUCCUCUUGAAUAUUUUAAACUAUAGCUGGAUACAAUAAAACUACAGAUGAAAUGAUAAUACAGUAUUGAUUGAAGUAAUAAUAUAGUCCACUUAUUUAUUCUAUCAUUGGUGAAUGCUAUGAACCCCAUUGAGAAUUUCUUGGUUUCAUGGAAGCUUUGGUUCCAUUUAAAUAAGGCUAGUAGAAGAAUAAAUGUAAGAAAGUACAGUGAUGUUUCAAAGGAAGUACACAAAGAUACCUUCUAUGUGGGCUCAUAUGAUCAUAAUUAUAGACCAAAGCAAAUAAGGUAGAAUAUUUAUAAAUAUAAAGAUAAUUUUUGAAAUAUUUUAUAUAACUGUAUAGUUCAUAAGAAAAAUAUUGAUAGCUUCUGUUAGGCUUGGGGGGGUUUGUAUAUUUUGAUAAAACCACAAUGACUUUGUAACUCUGUAUAUUCUCUACAAUUUAUAGCAAGGCAGUUUUAAGAUGGCAAUGUCAUGUUUGUAGUUCAGUUGUGGCACUUUUACUACAAGUAACAUGUUGCAGUAAUGAGUCAAGUAUUAAUGACCAAAUUAGAAUUAAAGUAAGUGUAAGAGAAAGUAAAUGCUAUACAUUGUCAAAUACUGUAAUUUGCUACAUAAUUGCAUCUGUAUUUUUGUUUAGAAGAAAAUAUUAAAUGCAGAUGUUAAGGAUUGAUAAAGAGUCUAAUUUUAUUUUUAGAAAGAGUGAUUAUAACUGUUUUUGCUUCAUUAAAAUAACAUCUUCCUAUUUUUCUCUAA